UUAUUUUGGUAAAUUAAAUUAAAUACAAAAUGACAUGUGAUGACACCACCGAGGCCCUCGUGGCCCACAUGUGUGAGCUGGUGCAGUUCUACAUGCUGCCGGAGUUGAAGGAAGAUCUGGACAGCAUCCCACUGGAGGCGUCGCAAUUCGAGAGCUACCACUCUCUGCUCAUCCAGGAUCUGCCCAAGCUGUACGAUUUGGUGCAGGAGUUCCUCCAGAAGAGUGGCGAUGGAGGCCACGAAGAGAUGAGAGUCAAUCUCCUCCUGCUGAUUUGCGAAUUGACAGCGUCUCCAACUAUUUACCAACUGAAGGAUGGUAAUCUCUUGAGGAACGCCAACGAGUUGGCCAAGAAGCUAUCUUCCAACUGGUGGCAGUCCACGGAUGUGCAGGUGCUGAAGUAUUACGAGAAAAAGCUGCACAGGGAUUGCUGGAAGAAACAACUGGGAGCUGUGCAUGGUUUCGGUAGAUAUCUGGAGUUACGUUAUGGGGAUAAAUCCAGAAUGCCCACCCGAAUGCUGGCCUUUGCCCUGUCCGUGGGUCUCAAUGUGCGGGAAUGCUACGAUCCCAUCUACAAACAACUGGGCGUCAAGAUCUUCUCAGUGAUGCUGAAAUAUAGCGACCCCAAAGAUAUUCAGGAGCUGAAUGUGCACAGCGUGAUAUAUGACCAUGCCCUCAAGGAUGCCUACAACAUGGAAUCCAUUGAAGCCAUCGAUUCCGUUUGGAACUGCAUGUAUUUGUGCCUGGAUCACUUUGUAGAUCUGGAUGCCUUUACGUGGAACCAAUGCGACGACAUGCUGGACCGCCUCAUCCAGAAUGUGACGAUGGCCUCUAGCCCGAAAAUAUCCAUCUGCCUGCUGCAGUUCAUCACACGACUGGGCUUCUACUUCACCAUCAAUCGCAGUGGCGUGGAAGCUGCUCUGGCCACGGAUAUAAGUCAGUCAGAAAAGCUGGCGGCAUGUCGGGAAGAGUGCCUUGCUCUGAACGCCAGCACCAGCUUUCGUUGGGCCAAGGCCAUCCUGCAAAUGCUUGUCCUGGAGUCGGAUAAACUCCUCCAAGGCGUGGAGGUUUGCACCGAGCUGCUGGAACAGAUGCUGAAAUGCUACCUGGUGUGCAUCCUGCCCAUUCCCCUGCAGGCAUUGCAUCCUCAUCUCUCGGAAUUUUAUGGAAAGUUUGUGGCUGUGCUAAUGGAGUGUCUGGUGACCCAUGAGAGGGCGCCGCCAGUUCUAAAGCUCGUUUUGCGAUUCACCGAGCUCUUUACCUUUCAACUGGAAAACUGUUCAGCCCAAAAAUUACCUGCAGAUUUAGCCGAAUUCCCGGAGGCUCUAAAAAUUAUACAUAGCAAGAUUUUUGAAUAAAUAUCGGUGUUCUUUAUGACAA